AUGGCAUCCAGUCGUCCGAUAAGUGACUUUUUCCAACGAAAGGGGACCAAGCGAAAAGUUCAAGAGAAUGUCACCGAACCUGAACCCGCCAAAGAAAAGCUUUCACUUGAUGAAGAGUGUGUGCUCAACGCAAGCGCCGGGGAACAAGAAUGCGAGUCAACUUUUGGUGACAGCGAUGGGGAUGGCCCGGAUGACGAGUUCCAGAUCGAAGAACUCCGAACGAGAGCUCCUGAUAUACUAAAGGUCGAAAUACCUCCUGAUGUAGCCAGGACAGCCCAUGAUUUGCCGGUACAACCUGUGCUAAUAUCCUUUAUUGUUACUAAAUACGGGAACGACGGCAGGACCUUCAAGUCCGAAUGGUACACCAGCUUCCCAUGGUUGGAAUACAGCGUGACUUCGAACUCGGCAUUCUGUUUCGCCUGUCAGAUGUUUUCAACUAGCAAUGGACAGAGGAGUGGAAGUGCUGUGUUUGUGACCGAGGGCUAUCGGAACUGGAAGAAAGCGCUUCAAAAGGACGGCAAACUGCGACUCCAUUCGAACAGUGCGGCGCACAAGUUGUGCCAGGCCUCAUGGGAAUUCUUCAAGCAGAUGAAGGAAAAGGGCGCCGAAAAUUCAGUCGCCGUGCACCUCAGCGAGGCGUAUUUGAAAGAGCUUGUAGCGAAAAGCGAUGCCAUUCUACUAAAAAAGCUGGAAAAUGGCCCUGCCAACGCCAAAUAUACUCACCAUUCCAUUCAGGAUGAGAUACUCUCAGCAAUGUCAGAUAUAGUUUUGCGUCGUUUCAAGACCGAGGUGGACAGCGCUCAGUGCUUUGCGCUUAUAGUGGACGAAUCUAGAGAUAUCAGCAAAACGGAACAGCUCUCUGUGGUAGUCCGAUGUGGAAUUCACCUUGAGAACUGCAUCGCACAAACCUAUGACGGUGCAAGCGUAAUGAGUGGCAAGAGCAAAGGUGUUCAAGCCCUUCUCAAGUUAGAAGUACCUCAAGCCCUGUAUGUCCACUGCUUCAACCACCGGCUGAAUUUGGUUAUUGUCGAUGCCUGCAAGAGCUUUGAUUCCGCGAGGACCUUUUUCUCUUUAAUAGAGAUGUUGUAUGUCUUCUUGGGAGGGUCUGCCACACAUGCGCUGUUCAUCACAGUUCAAAAGCAGGUGUGCGGCACAACGAUCGAACUGAAAGGAAUCAGCGAGAUUAGAUGGACAUGCCAAAUUAACGCAUGCAAAGCCGUCCUACACGCGCUUCCUGCAAUGAUUGUCUCACUCACAAAGAUCGCCGAAGGCGGAAGAUCAAGAUCAGCAGAAGCACGCGGAAUUUUGCACCAGCUGAACUUCACGUUUGUUUCACAUCUGGGUAUCUUUGGCGAGGUUUUGGGUGAGCUGCAGAUUCUUUCAGAUUACCUGCAGAACAAGAAUUGCGACCUUACUCAUGCCUUCAUGAUGGAAUCGUACCGUCUUUGUGUUAUAGCGUUGACUAUCCCUGCCUCCAGCACCGCCUGCGAACGCACGUUCUCGUGCCUUCGUCGGCUGAAGACGUAUCUCCGAAACAGAAUGUCUGACAAGAGGCUCGCGAACUUGGCGGUUCUCGCCGUGGAGAAGACCACCGCGAAAAGCCUGGAACUAGAUGACGUUGUCAACGCCUUCGAUGCUGCCCAUCACAACAGACGGAUUCGACUUCACUGA